AGCCUACUAAUUUUCAAACAUAGCUUUCUAUUUCUAAUUCCAAAUGAUGUACUUUUUUCUCCACUUGUUCUUAUUUCUGCUCACUCAAUUUCCUUCCUUUAGUUUCUCAUUAUGCAGCCAUGAUGAUUCAUGUGCCUUGCAACAGUUCAAAAACUCAUUUGUUGUCAGCCCUUCACCUUCACAAUGGUCUCCUUGUUCAUCCACUUCUUCAAAGAUAAAAUCUUGGAUUAACGGUACAGAUUGUUGCGAGUGGGACGGUGUCACAUGCAACAACAUAUCAGGUCACGUGAUUGGUCUCGACCUUAGUUGCAGUAAUCUCAACGGUAAAUUCUCUCCUAAUAGUACUAUCUUCCAGCUCAAGCAACUUCAACAACUCAACUUAGCUUUCAAUGAUUUUCUUGAAUCUUCAAUCUAUCGUGGAAUUGGCGAUCUAGUGUAUCUCACACAUCUCAAUUUAUCAUACACUGGAUUCAGUGGUAAUGUUCCCUCAACAAUCUCUCACUUGUCAAAACUAAUUUCCCUUGAUCUCAGCUGCAGUUUAUUAGUUGAUACAAUCACCUUGAAGCGUCUCAGUCCUAAUGUAAGAUUUGAUCCAUUCACUUGGAAGCGGCUCAUUCAUAAUGCAACUAAUUUGAGACAACUUUAUUUGGACGGAGUAGACAUGUCUUCAAUCAAUGGAAGCUUUUUGUCGCAACUAAUAAACGUGUCAUCCUCUCUGGUCUCUCUUAGUCUAUCAAACACUGGGUUGAAUGGAAAAUUUCCAACUAACAUCCUCUCUUUACCUAAUCUUGAAGUACUAGAUUUGUCAAAUAAUCUAAACCUUAGUGGUCAACUUCCAAAGUCCAAUUGGAGCACUUCUUUGAAACAUUUAGACCUCUCCUACAUUGCUUUCUCGGGUGGAAUUCCUCCAUCUAUGUGGAACCUCACUCAACUCACAGUCUUGAGUCUUGAAGGAAACAAUUUUCAAGGUGAGAUAUCAUCAUUACUUUCAAACCUCACACACCUCACUUCCUUAGAUCUUCAAUAUAAUAACUUUAGCGGUAAGAUUCCAAAUGUUUUUGAAAAUUUAAUCAACUUAGAAUAUGUAACACUUUCUGUUAACAACCUAAGUGGUCAAGUUCCACCAUCAUUGUUUAAUCUGACUCUCGUUUGGCAUAUAGAUUUAUCGUUUAACAAAUUAGUAGGCCCCAUUCCAACAAAAAUCGCUAAACAUUCAAAACUAUAUCUUAUAGCCUUGGAUAAUAAUAUGUUAAAUGGAACAAUUCCGCACUGGUGUUAUUCCUUGCCUUCAUUGCAUGACUUGUAUCUCAAUAAGAAUAACCUAACAGGUCCAAUUGGUGAAUUCUCAAGUUAUUCUUUGAGAAAUCUAUUUCUCUCAGAUAACAACCUACAAGGUGAUUUUCCAAAUUCAAUUUAUAAACUUCAAAAUCUUUCUGACUUAAGUUUGUCAUCAACCAAGUUGAGUGGUGUUGUGGACUUUCACCAAUUUUCAAAUUUUACAAAACUAAGUUUUCUUGAUCUUUCCCACAGUAGUUUUCUUUUUAUCAACGUCGAUAGUGUUGACUCCAUCUUACCCAACCUUGAGAUACUACGCUUAUCUUCUAGUAAUAUUAAUACUUUUCCUAAAUUCUUAGCACAAGUUCAAAAUCUAGAAGAGUUAGAUCUAUCUAAUAACAAAAUUCAAGGGACAGUUCCUAAAUGGUUUCAUGAGAAUCUCUUACACACAUGGAAGGAAAUUAUACAGAUUGAUCUUAGUUUCAACAAGUUGCAAGGAGAACUUCCAAUUCCACCCUAUGGAAUUCAAUACUUUUUACUCUCAAAUAACAACUUCGCUGGAGAUAUUGCUUUGUCAUUAUGCAAUGCAAGUUCCAUGAAUGUUCUCAAUUUGGCUCACAACAAAUUAACAGGCAAGAUUCCACAAUGCUUGGGAACAUUUCCUUUUCUUUCAAUAUUGGAUAUGCAAAUGAACAAUCUCCAUGGAAGCAUGCCUAGAAACUUUUCCAAGGGAAAUGCAUUUGAGACUAUAAAAUUGAAUGGCAAUCAAUUGGAAGGACCAUUACCACAGUCUUUGAUUUACUGCACAAAACUCGAAGUGUUGGACCUAGGAGACAACAAUAUAGAGGAUAAAUUUCCCAAUUGGCUAGCAACUCUACAAGAGUUACAGGUACUCCGCUUACGAUCAAAUAGUCUGUAUGGUGCAAUCACAUGUUCUAGUUUCAAGCAUCCAUUUCCAAAUUUGAGAAUUUAUGAUGUCUCUGGUAACAAAUUUAGUGGCCCCUUGCCAACAUCGUGCCUCAAGAACUUUCAAGGAAUGAUCAAUCUGAAUGACAGUAAAAUUGGUUUGCAAUACAUGGGUGAGUCCAGUUACUAUAACGAUUCUGUGGUGCUUGUUGUGAAAGGUCUUUCUUUGGAGCUAACGAGAAUAUUGACUACUUUCACAACAAUUGAUUUAUCAAAUAACAUGUUUGAAGGAGAAAUUCCACAAGUCAUUGGAGAAUUAAAUUCUCUCAAAGGUCUUAACCUUUCAAACAAUGGAAUCACAGGUACCAUUCCACAAUCUUUGAGUAAUUUGAGAAAUUUGGAGUGGUUGGACCUCUCACGGAACCAAUUGACGGGUGAGAUUCCUGCGUCUCUGACAAAUUUGAACUUUCUCUCGUUCUUGAACCUUUCACAAAACCUUUUGGAGGGAAUCAUACCUACAGGUAACCAAUUUAAUACAUUUGGAAAUGAUUCCUAUGAGGGAAAUGCAAUGUUGUGUGGAUAUCCGUUGUCAAAAUCAUGCAGAAAUGAUGAAGAAAAGACACCAUAUUCAACAAGUAAUGAUGAAGAGGAAUCGGGAUUUGGUUGGAAAGCAGUUGUAAUAGGAUAUGGAUUUGGAUCAGUACUUGGAAUGCUCGUGGGAUAUAGUGCGUUCUUCAAUGGUAAACCACAAUGGCUUGUGAGGCUUGUUGAACACAUGUUUAACAUAAGACUGAAGAAAACACACAACAAAGCUGGUGCAAAUCGCAGAAGAAUACGUUAGUUUCAUGUGAUGUUGUUUAAUUUUCUACUUCACUGUUUUAGUAAUGUUAGUUUAUUAUAUGUGUUUCAAUAAGGACUUGAUAGUCAUGGUUGUACCUACACUAUUAUUUUGUUGUCAAAUGUGGUUAUUAUUUAUGAGAAAUGAUAUUCUAACACAAAUUUUGACAUCUGAUCCUGAUAUCCUAUGUCUUUGUUUGUGUGUUUAGAGAAUUCAAGA